AUGCCAGAGACAUUUGAUGAGACGACAAGAUUCAAUGUUCGGGCAGUGCAUGUGUCAGGGAAGCAACUGGUGGUGGCAGAUACACUAUUCAGGCUGGCUGCUGCUGAAGAGUUAUCAACAGAAUCAGAAGCUAAGUUGUACGUGGAUUCAAAAUUGGCAUCCAAGUUCAGUCUUAUCUGGGAAAUUGGAACAGAUCAAGAGAGAGACACAUCUGGAUACUGA